GACUAUUCUAUUUCAUAGCCCUUUAGUCUUCAAUAAUAAAAAUGCUUCCAUCAGAAGACUUGGUGAAACAUUUCUUCUUCAAUCUACUGAAAGGAAUUCUAGCCCCAAUUCUACAUCUGGCUCUCUUUCCGGCAUUCCCUUGAAGAAUAUCCUCAAAAUGUGUUUAAUUUAUAUUCGGUUACCAUGGAAACUCUUUGAAUAUUUUGUUGACUUUCCAAAUCAAGACAUCCCUGUGUUUGUUAUUAUUUUUUUAUUAAUUUUCCAAUCGAUCAGUACAAAAUGUUUUCCACAAACAUUAAUGAAGAAAUAACAGCCGAGGAGUUACAACAUCUAUCCAAGCUUUGUCUGGAACGCAUACGAGUGGGUGAAUUACAUUGUCUGAGAAAUGAUGCCAAGCUGAGGGCCGUGAAUAAUACCAAAACUUAUGAUGAAUUCAAGGACAUUGUGGAUGCUGCCCAUUUGAAGCCGAUUACCAAACAGGAUAAAAUGAAUGCUAAGACCAGAAAUCGUUUAUGGAAUAAAGCAGCAGCGGAAGUGGAUGAUUAAAAAAAACAUACAUUUUACUUAUUUUUACAAGUGGAACUUGUUUCUCGAGGAAGAAAAUUAUGGAAGUCCUAAAUAUACAGUAUACAAGGAAAAAUGUCAUAGAAAGGAGAACUAGAGCACAUUACCACAUUUGAUAUAGAAAAAUAUGUGCAUUACUUUAUUUAAAAAUGAAAAUUUCGAAGCAACUCGAUAUUGAAUGCGAUAAUUUAAAGCCUGCA